CGGAUAGGAAGAUGUACGCUGUUACAUAACGGACAAGGUGGAAACGUUUGGUAGCAACAAGGCAAUGGGAGUAUGGGUGCACAAAUCUGGUCAAGUUAGAGCCAAUUAAACAAAGAAUCCUGGAAUUCGUGGGAUGCAAUCUGCUGGGCAGGUUGGGCCAUAGCAAGUACUGUAAUGAGAUGCCACAGGAAGAAAUUAGCUGACGUCCAGGAGAAAGAAAUCUGAAAAAGGCUCGUGCCAGACUGAGGCUCGUCACGGCAGUGAUGCGGAUGAUUCAUCUUCUGGCAAUUGCCUCUUUGACCUUGCCUCUUGUCGAAGAGAAUCUCCAGAAAAUGAUAUCUCUGAAAUCCGAGUAACUUCACCGGAUCCAAAUUUCAGGCUGCGCUCGGGGCACAUUCUUCCUGACGUUAGUCUCUGUAACACGCUCCUCCUCUACAAAGGCACUGAUGACGACGUCGUCAAUGGACUUCUCAUCUACAAUUCCAUCUGCUCAUCUGGUGAGCCAACAUGUUUUCAUGCUGGCCGGACCUCAUAUCUCAAACAUCAGCAAGCCCGUGAUGGAAAUUCAUACACGUGGUUGUAUACAUCGCCACCUCUCGAGGUGCUGGUUGGAAGCUCGUCGGCUGAGGACCACUGUCAAACUUCGAUACGGGCAGCGGAGUGAUCUUCCCGUAGACUGAGGUCGAAGAGGCCCCGACCAUCGCAAGCUACGGAGUAGCCCUCGAGCAGACCUCUGACUCGGCGAUUAGACCGGCGACGCUGAUCCUGACGUGCGACACGGGAUUAGACCGUGCGACGAUCGUAGUCGGAGUACCCGAUCGGUCACCGCCGCCGCCGAGUGAAGAACAUGGGUGAAGAGAAUGGGCUUGAACCGCUCAUUCAGAAGCACGUCGGCAUCGAUGAUACAAUAAAUGUCCACGCUUCCAAGUUUCGUUUCUCCCGGUGCUCUCGCUCCAGCGACGGAUCUGUAUGCAUAGUUGUGGAACUUGUCACGGCCUUUUGGACCCAUUCUCUCAGAAUCGUGAGAGCCCGUGAACUCUGCAGCGCCUGUGAGUCACAGGCGCUUCUCAUUUCUUGUCACAGGCUGUGACAAGCAAUGAGAAGCCUCCUGCUUUAUACCGAAGCUGGCAAAUCUUUCGCCCCAGCGUCCCAUCUCCACACCCUCGUGCUCGAGUUUCCAUGAAGGUGCUAAAACGUCGUCGCCUUUCCAAGCGCGGGGACACUCUUCGUCCCAGUCCCUCCGUGGUUGGAAAUGGAGUUAGUUCUCUUCACCGGUGCUGCUGUCGAAGGGAGAAACGAUCGCGGCUUCACCAAGAUGAAAGUACGUGGCAUUCGGAGACUGCACAUGUACUUCCUAUUUUGUGAAUACUUCGACGAUCACGCCUAUGAAGCUGAGCCAGGCCACCAUUCCCGUCUUCGUAACAACAACGAUCAUAGUCAGAUGACUUUUCAGCCCUUUCUUCUUGGAGCGCGGAGCCCAUUGCAAUAUAAGAUGGUCUUCCAGUCUGCCAGCAAUCAGACCAGCAGGGAGGACUGUCUUCGAAGGUCCUGCAAUCUUUCAAGUCCUCAGACGAUUGUGGAAAUCGAUCGGAACACUCGAUCUAGUUCGAGUACGAGGCAUCAAAAUUGCUAUUCAUCGAACGCUCGUUCUCGAAACGGCGUGCCAGAAUAUCAGAUCGCCACGUAAUGCUUCAGGACGAUGAGCGAUCACAAUUCCAUAGAAAGUCAGCAGCUGCCGAACAAUGCUAUCACCUCUUGGACGAUAGAUCUGAGGUUUCGACUUCCUACCUCCUCUAACAUGAGUUCAAAAGUCGAUCAGACUUUUGAGUUUCAGAUCAUUUCUUGCAGACUUCUGCUCUCCAAGAGGCUUUCGAGAGCGCAGACAAUCUCUGGCGAGAUAAUCUCGUGAGAACAUGUCAGUGAGCGGCAUCUUAUAUGGCUUUCGGAUGACAAAAUUUCAGAGCAGAACGAAAGCAAGAUCUUCGUACGUGUGUUUCUGUUCGAUCGUGACAUCUUUGUACCUUCAAGCAGGACAAAGCCAUCGGCUGCAGACCCAGACGGGGAACGAAGUUCCGAUCUCUGAUCUUCGAUCAUCGAGAUCCGAAGCGUGUUGAGAGGCUUGAAUUACGAGCGACAGAUUAGAGUGGGAGUGAGCAAACAGAGCGGUAUUGGGAACGAUCUCGAGGUCCGUCAUGGGCAGCGCUCGCCGCCUCGUGAUCAACUGGGCCCGGCGUCAUGCAAGAUUGGUUCACAACACAUGCAGGGUUGUGGUCUCGAUCCUGCUCUUGCUGGUUGCGUAUAUGUCCUUCUCUCGCGUGAUGGUGCAAGACUUGACCAAAGAUCUUCUCCACGCAUCGAGAUCGGCACUAGGACGGCAGAUGGGGCAUGGACCCCUGGACAGUAGGAAACCAUGGCACGAUCCGGCUUGGGUCACGAGAGUGAGACAAUCCGGCAACCCUCCGAGGGCCGGGGGCUUUUCUGUGCUAGUCACUGGUGCAGCAGGCUUCGUCGGCUCGUUCACCUCGCUCGCCAUUGCGAAGAAAGGCUGGGGAGUGGUGGGACUCGAUAACUUCAACCACUACUACGAUCCAGCUCUGAAGCUCACCAGGGAGAAACUCAUGCACAAAAAUGGCAGAAUUUUCGUCGUGCAUGGAGACAUCAACGACGCGGACCUGAUCCGCGCGUUGUUCCACAUCGUUCCUUUCACGCAUGUGCUGCAUCUGGCGGCUCAGGCAGGAGUGCGGUACGCCAAGGAAGAUCCCAUGUCAUACGUGCAGAGCAACGUCGCGGGCCUCGUGAGCGUGCUGGAGGUGUGUGCACGAGCACGCCCGCAGCCAGCUUUCGUCUGGGCAUCGUCCAGCUCCGUCUACGGACUCAAUUCCCACUAUCCCUUCUCGGAGAUCGACCGGACCGAUCAGCCCGCGAGUCUGUACGCAGCGACGAAGAAAGCCGGCGAAGAGAUCGUCCAUGUCUACAACUAUCUGUAUGGCUUGUCGGUCACCACUCUGCGCUUCUUCACAGUCUACGGACCGCUCGGCAGGCCCGACAUGGCGAUCUACAACUUCACCGAGAGCAUUCUCAGCCAGACCCCGAUCCAAGUCUACCGAGGGCCCAACAACACCGCCGUGGCCCGCGACUUCACUUAUAUUGGCGACAUCGUCAAUGGAAUCAUGGCUGCGGUGGAGACCGCAGCCAAGAGCACAGGGUACAAAGACCAUGGCAAGACCAAACGGAAGGCUCGGCCGGCUCAGUUCCGAAUAUUCAAUCUCGGGGGCAACCGACCUGUGACUGUGGACGAGAUGGUCACUAUGCUGGAGAAGACCCUGAACAGGACAGCCAUCAGACUUUAUGAAAGCAUGGACGGCACCGGGGACGUGCCCUACACCGCAGCAAAUUUGACCUUGGCCGAGAAACAUCUCGGAUACUCCCCGCGAACCAGUCUCAAAAAAGGCCUCAAGAAGUUUGUUUUGUGGUACCUUAAGUACACUUCUCGAAAUCGAACCCCCAAGAAUUCAUCUCCAGCCGGAGAACCGAGUGAUCCAAGCCCGGCAGCAGGGCCUCAGCUAGGCUUGAUCUAGAGCUCAUCAGUACUCACUUUGGCUUCUACGCUACACGCAGUGCUUUCUUACGUGAGCUACUUGUGAGCAACUCUUGUCCCCACAACCCCUGCUGCACACAAAGUCCGUGGCGGCCUCGGUUCAGGUGCUUCAGUGAUCAUCGCAUUCAGAAUUGAGAACUCGUUAGCAGCCCGUAGGAUUUCCUGCUUGGUGGGAAAACAUUCGGGCUUUCUGAUCUCACCGACCACGGUGUACCCCAUGUUCGUGCUUUAGACUUGUGAGUUACAAUGGGGAAGUCGCGCGAGAUCGACUCUGUGGCGCAAUGCAAACUUGCAGUACAUGCGUUGGUUUAUUUUCUCGACCAGAGGAGGUCGGCCAGCUGCAGGCAACUUGCAGUGUAGGUAUGUAGCUAACCGGUAAUCAUGGUCUGUAUAAUUGUGAAUCAGUGGAGGAAAACACGGUUAUUAGCAAUUUUCUCACACCUGAAGCUAGCUCUUAGGCGAAGCUGGCGAGACAAUUGACAAGUCGGGCGACAUUCACAGCGAACAUUGAAAAGUCGUCGGCCUGCACGGUAGGUAGUUUGAAUUCCAAGUUUGGAGGAAGACCUUGGAAGGUUGAGUAAAGCCAUGGGUAGAACUCAUUAUUAGAGUGAUCCCCAUGGCAUUUGAGGGCAUUAUUCAUGUCAAAUGAAAUAAUAUCGUCUUCCUCGCUGCAAUAAAUUAUAUUUAGCACUUCACAAGCAUACUAGUCCUUUAUGUGUAGUAUUCUUGAUUCCCUAGAGACAACUGGAAGUAAUCUUCAGCCUCGUCGACCACGUGAUGCGCAGUCCACCAUCUGAUGUCAGGGAAGUCUC